GCCUGAUUGGUCAAGCGACGCACAGCGGGAAGCGUGAGAUGUCCCCGAAUUUAUGCAGGGGUCCCAUGGGAUAGCCAUCACACAGGCUCGGGGGAACAGAUCACCAGCGGAGUCAGGAGUGGUUAGAUAGUUGGGCAGAGUCUUUUACCCAGAGUGCACUGUAGAGUACUCACUGAAACCUUCACCUUGGUAAGCAUAGCGGUCCGGAAGGGUAGUCUGUCAUUCGUUUUGAGCCGCAUGCAUCACGCACCAUCGAGCCGUCCCACUCUCCACGCACAGGCGCCUUGUACUCAGUCCUGUUUUAUUCUUUCAGCGUGAUACAGGGAGGAGAAUCCGUAUCAGCACACUGUGGAAUCUAAUGUGGAUGCAAAACUCGGUUUUUAAAGAUUCAUGGGGAUACUUUAGAGGAAAUCUUGACGACCCUGCAUGUUAUCAGCAGAGCUUUGAAGGACUGGGGAGUGACAGAGAAGAGAGAGAGCAACAGUCUUCAUCUGACAGCGUGACCAUUGGAUGAGCCUUGUUCAUGCGUCUCCCUGUGUGCAACUCCCACAUCACUAUGAACUGUGAGCAGGACUUCGGAGACGGGGGCCUGGGUGUGACCCUUACACUCCGACUGCUCAUGCACGGCAAGGAAGUUGGCAGCAUCAUAGGCAAGAAAGGAGAGACGGUGAAAAGAAUACGAGAAGAGAGCAGUGCACGGGUGAACAUCUCAGAGGGCUCCUGUCCAGAGAGGAUCAUCACCAUCACUGGUUCUACAGACUGUGUCUUCAGGGCCUUCACCAUGAUCACAUACAAACUGGAAGAGGACCUCACUACACUGGUGGCCAACGGCACCAUCAGCAGCAAACCCCCAGUGACCCUACGACUAGUCAUCCCAGCCAGCCAGUGUGGCUCCCUUAUUGGCAAGGGAGGGGCCAAGAUCAGGGAGAUCAGAGAGAGCACCGGAGCACAGAUACAGGUGGCAGGGGAUUUGCUGCCAAACUCUACUGAGCGAGGGGUGACGAUAUCGGGGAGUCAGGACUCUGUAAUCCAGUGUGUCAAGCUCAUCUGCACUGUAAUCCUGGAGUCUCCCCCGAAAGGUGCUACUAUUCCUUACCGGCCCAGCCUCUCCCCAGGAGCACUUCUCAUCUCUGGCAACCAGGUGUUUGAGGCAUCAGACUUUACCCCCCACCCUCUGUACUCAGUCUCCCAGGGGGGGCUUGACCUGCAGCAGAGUGAUCUCUUCCAGGCCUACACUGUACAAAACCAAUAUGGAAUUCCUCAUACAGAGUUGGCCAAGCUACAUCAGCUAUCCAUGCAGCAGAACAUGCAGCAGAACAUGCAGCAGAACAUGCAGCAGAACAUGCAGCAGAACAUGCAGCAGAACAUGCAGCAGAACAUGCAGCAGAACAUGCAGCAGAGUACCAUGUGCCAGCAGGCUACAACCAUUCUAUCCGGAAUGGACUCAAACUCAUCGCAGGAGCUCCUUAUUCCAAAUGAUCUGAUAGGCUCGAUCAUCGGCCGGCAGGGCGCUAAGAUCAAUGAGAUCAGGCAGAUGUCGGGGGCUCAGAUCAAGAUUGGCAGCCAGCUAGACGGGACCAGUGACCGUCACGUCACCAUUACAGGCACACCAGUCAGCAUCAACCUGGCACAGUACCUCAUCACCUCGUGUUUAGAGACAGCUAAAUCUACGGCCCAGGCAGCGUCCAUGGCCUCCCCCAACAUGGCUGACCUCAACAUGGCCUUCACCCAGCCCGUCUCCCCGGCCUCCUCCCCCCACUCCGCCUCCACCCUGGCAGCCAUGAGUGCCCUCUCCCCAACCCCCGUCAUGGGCCACCCCUACGGCGUUCUGCCCUUUUCCGGCCUGCUAGGGGUCAAGUCUGUCCCCUUCCUGACUCUUUCUAGCCCCACGCCCCAGGUCGCUGUCACCGCAGCCCCCUCCCACACCACCCUGGCAGCCUACACUACCAAAAUCUCCUCAGCUAACUGCAUCAAGAAACCCGACAGACAGAAGUUCGCACCUUACUGAUGCUACAUGGUACACCAGGCUAGCCUCAGCCUUCUUCUGGAGGCUGAAAUGAAGGACAGCUUUCUAUAAUGGCUCCAUCUCCAGUUACACCCUAUUCCCUACAUAGUGCACUAUAUGGUGAAUAGGGUGCCAUGUCAGAUGUUCAUUCACUCACGCCAUAUCUGCUGCCAGAGAUGGUAUUGACUUGACUUUAUAAUUCACCACAUGGAAGAGAGGAUAACUAUCAUAAGGUAUACUAUACAUUACAUAUAUAGAUGAUUUGUGAGUUCCCCAUAAAAUGAUCGACUGCUUUCACCUACACUUCAUUCUACUGUUAUUUAUCACCAAUAAAGGGGACAGUCCUAACUUGGGAAAUGCACUAACUUGGAUUUUCAUGCACUGAUGUGAUGGUACGUUUUUGCCUCUCAAGUUAGGAAUAGGCCCAAAAGUAUUUAUCCUUCAGUAAGUUUGUAAGUUAUACUCUGAUGUGGAUGGAUGCGCACUGUGUGAUGCUUUUAUACAAUGUCUAUGUUUGCUUCUUGAAGUUUUUAAGAAAAUCUGUAAAUGCUUGGGAGGAAAAAGAUAAGUGUUUUCUGCUAUAGGAAUCUAGUGUUGAGUGUUAUGUUUGUAAUGUUUGAAAUGUGCAACUUGUUUUAUUUAUGUAAAUUUAUUUGUUUAUUAAACUUUUUUGUUUCUUGAAAUGGC